AUGCCUGGUGGUGCAGUCGCAACCGUGGGGACUGUCGAUGCCCGUCGCAUCGAAGCCCCCGUCACCUUCAAGACGUACUUGAUGUGCGCUUUCGCUGCCUUCGGUGGUAUCUUCUUCGGAUACGACUCUGGUCACAUUAGCGGUGUUCUCAGCAUGGAUUACUUCAUCGAGACCUUCGAGGGUCUGGACAAAGCAAACACUCCCACUGACAAAUUCGUCAUCCCCUCCUCGCGCAAGUCACUCAUCGUCUCUAUUCUCUCCGCUGGUACUUUCUUCGGUUCUCUCAUUGCCGGUGAUCUGGCAGAUUGGUACGGUCGUCGAUUCACAAUUAUCUCUGGCUGCGUGGUUUUCAUUAUCGGUGUCAUCCUUCAGACUGCUUCCAGCAGCCUGGGUCUUCUCGUUGCUGGUCGUCUGGUUGCAGGAUUCGGUGUUGGAUUUGUCUCUGCCGUUAUCAUCAUGUACAUGUCUGAGAUUGCCCCCCGCAAGGUUCGUGGUGCCAUCGUUUCCGGCUACCAGUUCUGCAUCACCAUCGGUCUGAUGAUGGCCUCGUGCGUUGAUUACGGUACUGAGCACCGCACCGACUCCGGCUCUUACCGCAUCCCUAUCGGUCUUCAGAUGCUCUGGGCUGUCAUCCUCGCCGUCGGUCUGUUUGUGCUCCCCGAGUCCCCUCGUUUCUUCAUCCGCAAGGGAAGAAAGGAGGAAGCCAUUGAUGCUCUUGCCAGAAUCCGUGGCCAGCCCAGAGACUCCGAGUUCAUCCAGUCCGAAAUUAACGAGAUCGAAGCCAACUACCUGUAUGAGAUUCAAGUGAUUCCUGAUGAGGGCUACUUCAACAGCUGGAUCAACUGCUUCCGUGGAAACAUCUUCCACCCUAACAGCAAUGUUCGUCGCACCGUCCUUGGUACCUCGCUCCAGAUGAUGCAACAGUGGACUGGUGUCAACUUCGUCUUCUACUAUGGUACUCCCUUCUUCACCCAACUCGGCACGAUUUCGAACCCCUUCCUGAUCAGCAUGAUCACCACCAUUGUCAACGUCCUUUCCACCCCCCUCUCCUUCUAUGCCAUUGAGAAGGUCGGCCGUCGUCCCCUGCUCCUGUGGGGUGCCCUUGGCAUGGUUAUUUGCCAGUUCCUGGUUGCCAUCAUCGGUGUCACUGACGGACAGAGCCCCAAGGCUGUCUCCGCUAUGAUCUCGUUCAUCUGCAUCUACAUCUUCUUCUUCGCUAGCACUUGGGGCCCCGGCGCCUGGGUUGUUAUCGGUGAAAUCUUCCCUCUGCCCAUUCGUUCCCGUGGUGUUGCCCUCUCCACUGCCUCCAACUGGCUCUGGAACUGCAUCAUCGCUGUCAUCACCCCUUACAUGACCGAUGCUGACCAGGGUAACCUGGGUCCCAAGGUUUUCUUCAUCUGGGGAUCCCUCUGUGCUUGCGCCUUCACCAAGGGUCUUACCCUGGAGCAGGUCGACAAGAUGAUGGAGGAGUCCACCCCUCGCACUUCUGCCAAGUGGCAGCCCCACUCUACCUUCACCGAUGAGAUGGGUCUCACCGAUGAGAAGUCUACUGCCGUUCCUCAGGUCACCCAGCACGAGGUCUAG